CCAUGGACGAGUAUCAGACAGAAGAGGAGACUGCUUUCGUCGUCGAAGAAGUGAGCAAAAUAAUAAAAGAGUCAGUAGAAACAGCAAUAGGAGGAAAUGCCUACCAGCACAGCAGAGUCAAUCAGUGGACCACCAGUGUAGUGGAGCAGUGCCUCAGUCAACUCAGCAAGCUGGGAAAGCCUUUCAAAUACAUCGUUACUUGUGUCAUCAUGCAGAAAAAUGGGGCAGGACUGCAAACAGCCAGCACGUGCUUCUGGGACAACUCCACUGAUGGAAGCUGCGCAGUGAGAUGGGAGAACAAGUCCAUGUACUGCAUCGUCAGUGUUUUUGGAUUGUCGAUCUGAAUCAGCUACAAUGUACA